AUUCAGCUAGUCUAGUGCAAGUAUCUGAAACUUAAUCUCAAAAGAAUAUAGUCAAUCAUAGUCUAUAAAAUCUUAAAAAAGCUUAUUUAAUUUAAAAACUUAAUAAACUAACCUAAAAAGUAAGUUUUAACCUAAAAAGUAAGUUUUAACCUUAAAAAGUAAGUUUUAACCUUAAAAAGUAAGUUAAAUCUGCCAAAAUAAUGAGCCAACAAGAAGAUACCAAAGAAAUUACAAACAACUUCGGAUCAUCUCUGAUAACGAUCCCAAAAAUAAACGGAAACAACAGCAACACCAGCAAUGAACAGACAAGUAUCGAAUGUUUUGCUGACAAUGUAAAAUUUACAUGUAUAUGGAAGCAGCCGGAAGUAAAUAUGCACAUAAUAAAUCAAAUUAUGAAUCAGAUAAACAUUUAUAAUGACAAUGAGUACGGUGACUGCACACCAUCGAAUAUAACGGCAUUGAUUUCAUCAUCAUUUCCAUCGAGUUCAACAUUGGAAGAAAUAAAUGAUGGAGAUAAUGUUGAUUGUGACGUUAAGGACAAUGAGAUUUUGAAUUUUGUGGCUUCAACUCCAAUUCCAACAAUUAAAACGAUUGACAAAAUGAAGCCGCAAAAUGAGGGAAUGCUUGAUAUUUCUAAUGACAGUAAAAAUCAAAUGCUGUUGUUUGCAUUUAAUCAUACCAGCCCGAUUGUGUUCAGUUCACGACACAGAACAAUGUAUACAAAGAAGAAGCUUCACUUGGGUUCGGAAUAAGUUUUAUUGUUGAUUUAAAAACAUUUGUAAAAUAUACUUUUUAA